AUGCCGGCUGUGUCCCAGAUUUCCAGCGGCAUCUUCAAUGGCCUGAUGCGAAAGAAUGCUACCUGGCUAACGACAAUCUUCCUUGGCGCCUUCACUUUUGAAUUGGCGUUUGAAGGUGUAACGAACUCUAUAUGGGACAACUGGAACAAGGGCCGGCAAUGGAAAGACAUCAAGCACAGAUACAUGCAGCAAGCCGAAGAAGAGGAAGAGGAGUAG